GCUCCCGCGACGGGACGGGAUUAGGGACACCUCCUCCUCCUCCGCAGAGAGAACUCUGCGCAUCCUUUUCGCGCAUGUCUAUCUCACCGUGGAUAAACAAAUCUGCCUGACCACUGCUGUCAGCUGUAGUCUGCUAAACUGAAGAGUCACAUUCAGGUGUGACUAUGGGGAAGUCAUUUUCCCACCUCACCAAGCAGGCGGGCAACGACGAGGACAGGUUGGCCUCACCCGAGGACGCCCUAACUGAGGAUGGCAAGGACGGAGACGUCUCCCAGUUUCCUUAUGUGGAGUUCACAGGACGGGACAGUGUGACGUGUCCCACGUGCCAGGGCACCGGGAGGAUACCCAGAGGACAGGAAAAUCAGCUGGUGGCAUUGAUUCCAUACAGUGACCAAAGGCUGCGGCCCAGGAGGACAAAGUUGUACGUAACCGCGUCAGUGGCGGUCUGCCUGCUACUGUCCAGUCUAGCUGUGUUCUUCCUCUUCCCUCGAUCCAUCGACGUGUCCUAUGUUGGGGUGAAAUCUGUUUUUGUCAGCUACGACCAGGACAAGCGCAGCGUCUAUCUCAACAUCACAAACACUCUCAACAUUACCAAUAACAACUACUACUCAGUGGAGGUGGCCAACAUCACGGCCCAGGUGCAGUUUGCCAAGACAGUGAUCGGCAAAUCCCGCAUCAGUAACCUCAUCGCCAUCAGUCCUCUGGACAUGAAACAGAUUGAUUAUAUGGUUCCCACCAUCAUCGCAGAUGAGAUGAGCUACAUGUAUGACUACUGCACCCUGCAAACCAUUCGGGUUCACAACAUUGUCGUCAUGAUGCAAGUGACCGUCACCACGAUGUACUUUGGCCACGUGGAGCAGGUGUCUCAGGAGAUGUACCAGUAUGUGGACUGUGGAGGGAACACCACCUCUGUCAGAGGGAUGACCAAGCCGUUCAGCAGUCCACAUCCUGCUGAGUAACCCCAUCCCUCACGGGCCCUGGAUGGUGGCCAUAGGUGAUUCACUGUGUUCCCACUUCUCCACCUGCAGAGUCCUAACAAAAUGCUGCUGUCAUUGCUACACUGAAGGGAAUCCAUACUAAGAUAAGAAAUGCACCCAGCAAAAGUUCAUUUCAUAUGAGGAAGCACAUUGCAUUCAGCAAGAAAGAAAUUUAAGACUUUGGCUCGUAAUUCUAACAUCUCCUACCGAAAUGUUGAGAUGCUAGACAAUCAUCUCAAAAUUACAAAUCCCCAUCUUCUAAUAACAAUAUACAAGUCUCAUUUGUGAUCUAUAAAUGCAUUGACUUAUUAAAGAAUCCUUUGUCACUACAAGAAGACUACAGUAUCUCAUAACGAAAAGAUCUGUAUCUUGCAUUUAGAAGAAAGACUAUCCCAACAACAUAUUUUUUCAAAAGAAAAAAAAUUGGAAUACAUCAUGAGCAUAUUUACAAGAUGUGUUUCUCAAUAUUACAAAAAGCAGUUUUAAGAUCACAAGAUUGUUAACUUGAAAUUACAAGAAGCAUUUGCUAGUUAGAUGAUCCAAUUACUUGUAAUAACAAAAUACAUUUCAUUAUUAUUUCAUUUUCUUAUAAGAAUGAAAUUAUUUACUAACUUUGGGAUCUGCAUCUUGUAACAGUGUGAUAUAUGCUGAUAAGAUACAAAUCUUAUUUGUAAGUGCAGUUCCUUCCAAUUGUCAUAUUUGCAAAUUAUGGAUCUCAUUGUUAUGAUAUGAUAAGGAUGAUCAUCCUGCAGAAGGUCUCAUAUUUUUUCCCUUGGUGAACACAGUGUGCGCUCCACCCGGUUAGCCAGUGAAGAUGGCUCCACCCUACAGUCGUAAAUGUGGCAAAGUGUUUUAAGAUGUUUGCAGCCCAGAUUUUUCAGUUCUUUCUACUGAUCUCCUGUUGUACCUGGGCAUGAGUAUGUGAAGUGAUGAGGAUUUUUUUGUCCCACCACUGUCUGAAAGCUGAGAGCACCUGUGCUUACUGUACACUUUUAGUUCUCUAAUGUUAAGGUAGCAAAUACUGUUUUUCGUGUGGCUCCAGAUUAUGUUCGGUGGUAUCCGAUGGUCAACUGCUAAUACUUAUUUACUCACUACUUGGUUUUUUUCUAACGUGCCAAUGUGACAAAAUAAUACCAGAGAAACAACCUUUUUCUUAGUUUGCAGUGUUGAGGUUUGAUACCCUUAUCAUGACUGUUCUAAGUUUUUUCCUUUCCUUCCACAAGUAUCAUUUAUAUAAUUUAAGUAUUUGAUUUCAGUAUUUCUAACAGUCACUGAAAUAUCAUAACAUCAGUUUCAGUGAAAACGGCUGUUACCACGAUCUGUGAUUAUGAUCUGUGUGUCUGUUAGAAUAAUAAACAAUACAAAAUUAUUAUUAAAAAGACAUAAUGCACUUUAUACGUAUUUAAAAUGCAGAUUUUAUCAAUGGUCUCAAGUUCUCUAAAGCCUGUGUAUUCACCACAGUGUGUUAAGCUCUGAAGAUGGACACUCUGUGUUGCUGCUGUGUCUCAUUCUGGGACAAGCUCAUGUUUUUCAUGCUUUGAAUCUGAACAAUCUGCUUACUUGCCUGCAGUAGUGUUUGAUAAAACCGAGGCAUUCCUGACACAUUCCAACGUAAAGUUUGAAGUGAACGUUCUCGCGGUGGCAGGUGGUCACACUACUACUGUUGGUGCGUUGUAGUGGGCCAGCCUUUUGAGAGAGAUUUGGUUGAUAGAUGUUUUUGGUUGUUUUUGUUUUGGGGUUUUUAAUCGAAUGUUUGCUAUUUAAAGGGUUGUGGCCUGGUCACACCAGAAUUCAAAUAAGGUUUGGAGCUAAAUCUGUUCAUUUCAGAGGAAUCAGUGGGAUACAUUUGUUGGGGCGAAGCGCAUCUGCCGCAUAAACUUCAACUUUGGUGAACUAAACUAUCUUAACAUGGCUGAUGCCUAGAUAGAAGGACAACUACAAUUAGAGUUAGCUGUGUUACACCAGGUGUUUUCACAUAAGCCUGCUCAAAGUGGAGUAGUGGAACACUUUCUGGUGUGACCACAGCAGCCCUUCAAACAGCAGAAACACACAUUGUAUGUACUGUAUAUUAGAGUCAACUUGGAGAGAAACCGCCUAUUUUUCAUUCUGUAAAUACUUUGAAAUUGUGUUUAUAGUGUCUUCAUAGAAACUGGUUGGUUGGGAAAACUUAGAUUACUACUGCUGUAACAAUAGUAGAAUAGUUGUAGAUUAGAAUUUAAAGACAAACAUUUGGGUUUUGGUAUUUUUAAUCCUAACAUGCACUCGUAACAAUCCCCUAUGAAAUUAUUUAAGGUAAACUAUUUAUUUCAGACUCCUAACAUUCACCCUUAACAAAACACAUGAUUGUUUACCUUUUGCUAUUCAAGAUUCCUACCUCUCAUGGCAUUUCACCCAUUUUGUUUGUAUGUAUUGCUUGUGACUGUUUGUAGUGAAUAAAGUUUUACAACACA